UAUCACAUGAUGUUUAUGUGGCUGGAGAUGGCACUAUCGUGAUGUUGGUGACAAAAGGCUAAGUCACCAGGUCGGCUUAUCUUCAGUGAGAAGGUAAAAAUAAUACAACAGCACAAUGCUUAAGGCAGAAGAUGUGGAAACUAAUUCACACGCAUUUUAAAUCGUGGACCAACCACUGCCAGUUGUUAGCUGACCGGGACUCCGGCUGCCCUGACCGGGAUGUUGUGUCAAGGAUCUCUGUUUUCCAUAUAUGAAUGAUGCUGAAGGUCAAGGAAAACAAGUAAAGUGUACAGCACAAAUAAACUUUAGAUGAGAACCAUCAUUCCCAGCAUCCUGUAACGCCUGCAGAAGUCUGGAAUGGAGGACUCUGAGCUAAUUAUAAACAGCUCCAAAGAUGACGAGACACCUCACAUCUUCAAGGACACUUCUACUUCUGCACUUGAAGAUCAGCUAGAGGAGGAUCAGCUUAGAAGAAAACUGAAAUUCUUUUUUAUGAAUCCCUGUGAAAAAUUUAGGGCCAGAGGUCGAAAACCAUGGAAACUAGGGCUGCAGAUCCUGAAAAUAGCAAUGGUCACCAUUCAGUUAGUGAUGUUUGGAUUAAGCAACCAGAUGGUAGUCAUCUUUAAAGAAGAGAAUACAGUAACAUUCAAGCACCUCUUCCUGAAAGGAUAUGUGGAUAAAAUUGAUGACACGUAUGCGGUCUACACACAGGCAGAUGUGUAUGAUCAUAUCUCCUUUGCCAUAGACAGAUACCUGCAGCUUCAUAAUUUAUCUGUUGGGAACCAUGAUUAUGAAAGGAAAGGCUCAGACAUGACAGCCAUGACAGUGUGCCAGCAGUUUUAUAAGAAAGGAAGCAUCUACCCAGGAAAUGAUACAUUUGACAUUGACCCACAUAUCGUAACUGAUUGCUUUGAUAUUGAACCAUGGGAGCCCUUACACAAUGGAGCAUUGUCAGAAAGUAAACUGAACAUGAAUAUUAGUUUUCACAGGCUUUUAACAGUACAGCUUUUGUUUAAGCUAAAGGCUAUAAAUCUUCAAACAGUUCGACACCAUGAACUUCCAGACUGCUAUGAAUUCAGCCUUUCAAUUACGUUUGAUAACAAGGCCCAUAGUGGAAAAAUUAAAAUUUAUUUGGAAAAUGAAGCCAUCAUUAGAGAGUGCGAGGAAUGGCAUGUAUCUGGAUCUCUUCAAAGGAACACCCACUACAUGAUGAUCUUUGACACGUUCAUCAUUCUGGUUUGUUUGUCAUCCCUAAUUCUCUGUACUCGUUCUGUGGUAAAUGGAAUAAGGCUGCAAUACGAGUUUGUUCAUUUUUUCUUGUAUUGUUAUAAUAAGCAUGUAACCUGGACAGACAGAACAGAAUUUCUGAAUGGCUGGUACAUUGUAAUCAUCAUUACUGACAUAUUAACAAUCAUUGGCUCAAUCCUGAAGAUGGAAAUACAAGUAAAGAGCUUCACCAGUUAUGAUGUCUGCAGCAUCCUGCUUGGCACUUCUACCAUGCUCGUGUGGGUUGGUGUUAUCCGAUACCUUGGCUUCUUCCAAAAGUACAAUCUUCUCAUUUUGACUCUGCGAGCUGCAUUUCCUAAUGUUAUUCGAUUCUGUUGCUGUGCUGCCAUGAUCUAUUUGGGUUACUGCUUCUGUGGCUGGAUUGUACUGGGACCUUACCAUGUUAAGUUCAGAUCACUGAAUAUGGUUGCAGAAUGUCUGUUCUCGUUAGUAAAUGGUGAUGACAUGUUUGAGACUUUCGCUGCAAUGCAGGAAAAGAGCCAUUUAGUUUGGCUGUUUAGCCGGCUGUAUCUGUAUUCCUUCAUCAGCCUGUUUAUCUACAUGGUCCUGAGCUUAUUUAUUGCUCUCAUCACUGACACAUAUGACACAAUUAAGCACUACCAACAAGAUGGAUUCCCAGAGACAGAGCUCCAUGCAUUCAUGAGCCAGUGCACAGACCUGCCAAAUUCUGGUAGAUACAGAUUAGAAGAAGAUGACCAACCAGUGCAAAUGCUCUGCUGUUGUAAACAGUCUGAUGGAUUAGAAGACAACCUCUGGACUUAACAUAAAACUUGCAUAAAACUCAAGGCUGUUCAUACAUCACUGAAUUCCAACUUCAGUACUUAUAACUGGACUAACAAUGAACUGUCUUAAACAAAGCUCCUGUAAAUAAAGCAAGACAUUCAGUGAGAAAUACCUCCUCAUAAAUGUAAAUACAAGGUGCAAAAACAGUUGUUUUGUAGGUAAAAAUAAAAUGUAUUUAUUCUGUAGUGCACUACUGUAUAGUAAUGAAAAUAAAGCACUUUAACUGCAGUGACUUAGAAAAGUAUAUUCUAAUGUUCAUGCAGAGCUGAUACUAAAAAUUAGCAGGUUGGAUGCUUUAUUUCAGUACAAGGCAACUGUUUGUUUAAUGUGAAGGCAAAGACACUGAACUUCUUUUAAUUGUGAAACUGGGUUCAGCAAACCUUGCACAAGUUCUGUUUCUGGUGCAUCUUAACUAAUUUCUUGUAGUAAUCAUAUUUACUUGCAUAUUGUUUGGCAUUCACAUUACAUUCCUUACUUGAAGACAUCUUUAAUGAGGUGUUUAUCAGAAAUGCUGUGUAAACAAUCUGUGAAGUGGUAGAUGUUAAAGCCUGUCUGCAGGGGACUGGAGAACAAAGGCUGGCUUGAUCUUUUAGUUGAUACAUGGCAAUAAGUCCAUCUCAGAAAAGAAAGCCAUUAUAAAGCAUAAUGUUUAUAGAAGUGCAUUUGGCAAUUGUGAUCAGUGAUUCAUUUGCUCUCUGCCACGGAAAAAUAAAGCUGCACAAUUGUUUAAAAAGUUUAACCAUAUAAAUACUGCAUACAUUUCAUUCAGUACUUAAUCAUUAGGCCAAGAUCUGUACUUCAUGGUGACAAAGUUUUAGAUGUGAUCUCAGCUUUUUAAAAUUUCUGUAAAUUAUUGUGUAAUACAGAGCACAGCAAUAAUUAUGAGGUGUUUAGAAGAGUCUCAACUCUGUAGAACUGCUCACAAUUAAAAAUAUAUAAAAAAUAA